AUGGGAGGAAAUGGAGGGAAAAGAACGCCAUCAAUGAAUCUUGCGGUUCAAGUGUCGUUGAGACUGUUAGCCAUUGGCACCGCAUUGGCCUCCAUGGGGCUCAUGAUCACUAACCAUGAAGUCGCCUCUGUUUAUGGCAUUUCUUUUGAGGCUAAAUACAGCGACUCAUCAGCCUUUAGGUAUUUGGUGUACGCAGAUAUAGCUAUCUCCGCCUUGACAUUAUUCACGCUCGCAUGGGCUUGUUUAGCUGUCCGCAAACAAGGACUUGUUUUUGUACUCUUCUUCUUUGAUUUGCUUGCGACGUUGACGGCCAUGUCAGCUUUCUCUGCGGCCACGUCGGAGGGUUACGUUGGAAAGUACGGUAACACACACGCCGGUUGGCUUCCGAUAUGCGGUUAUGUACAUAGUUACUGCAAUCGUGGGUCUCUCUCACUCGCCUUCUCCUUUGCAUCUUUUCUUCUCUUGUUCAUCCUUACUGUCCUAUCUGCCUCCGCUGCUCGUCAUCACUAA